AGAAGGAAAACCCAGCCAUGGCCAAAAUGGAGACCCUGGCUUUGCAGCGUGAGGUCCAGCUGGGGAUGCUGUAUGACUGCUGCAAAGAUGCCCUCCUCCCAGGUUCUCCUUUGUGGAUUGAGAAUACCCUGGGAAAGAACAUUCACCUUCAGCCAAACCCCAGUACAGAAAGUUCAAUUAUUGAAUCGGACACCCUUCAAGACAAAAUGGCUGCUCUGAAGGUUCCAGAGUGGCCGAAGGCCAGCCUGCUGUGUGGUCUGCUAGAACCCAGAGGAGCUGCGCAGUACUUGCAAGACAGCGAGAGUUCCCGCCGCCAGGCUCAUGUGGCUCUCCUGUACUCCGUCACAACAAAGCGCAAGCAGAUUGAUGUGACAAAACUUCCUGAUCUUGAGGACUGUUUCUCCUUCUGA